CGGAACAGAGCAAAAACAGAGAGAAAAAGAGAGGUGCAGCCUGGUUUUGUGCUCCGAUCGACGACCAAACGAGCUCCGAUCGGGAUGAAAUUUUAGUAUGUUGUUCCUGAGAUCCUCUUCUUCAUAUCCAACGGUAGGAUUGUUGUUUUGACCUCUCGAUGUUGGUAAAAUCGCCUCUGUUUACUGCUGCGUUUUUAUUGGGGAUUUCUCACUCUUUAGUGAAGAUUAUUGUUGUUUGGUGUUCCAAGUUAUUACUUGAUGAUUGUGUGUACCUCUAAUUGAUUUAGAGAAGAUUCUUGGUGUACCCACUGAUUUUCUUGGUGAUUAGUGGAAGGCUUCGUGGUUUUUUCCCCGAUUUGGGGUUUCCACGUUAAAUCUUAGUGUUCGUUUAUCGUUUGAUUGAUUGCUUGUUGACGUGUUUACUAUUCUUGAUCGGUCAUAUGAUUUUGCCCAUUUUGACAACACAAAGACGGGAAAAUUAUUAAUUGCUUCCGCUAGAAAAUUGAGAAGACAGUUCCCAUCUUCACCCAAAAAUGGGUUACAAAAAGGCAGCGAAGAUUAACCCGCCGGCAGUGGUGGUCGAUUUGUCUUCUUCUUCUUCUUCUUCUUCUUCCCCGGCUUCUGAGGAUGAGCCACAGGGCACUCCGCUUAGAGCAGUUUUCUGCCUGAAAAAAAGGGAACAACUGCGCGAAUUCGAUGAUAAAGAGGAGUGCUUUAUUCUGGAUUUCGAUCCUUUCGAUUCCAAACGCUCUGUUUCUGAUUAUCAGGAUCCGGAAAUGGCCGUUGUAGCAGAAAAAGGCAGUGUGGUGGCAUGUAGAGAUUUUCCACACCCAAGGCAUACCUGUGUUAAGUUCCCCUUUAACACAACACCUCAUGAGAAACACUGUAAUCUGUGCUAUUGCUAUGUGUGCGAUGUUUCUGCUCCCUGUCGACACUGGAAUGGGCUAUCUGCGCAUUGCCACGCAUUAAAUACCGAAGCAUGGGAACAUCAGCGAAAACAUAUGAGGCAGCACGUGAAGGUUUAGUACUACGCAAAGGUCGUACUCCCUUUCUCUUUCAUUUUUUUUGUUUUUCUUAAAAAACUUCCCCUUUUUAUUAAAAAACCACUUUUAUCCCUACUUUUUCAUACCCUACCUAUCACAUCAUACUUUUUCACUAAUAACUAAACUAUCACAUC